AGAGAAGGAAGGAAGGGAAGUAGGAAGUAGAGGGGAGGAAGAGAAGAAAAGAGGGAGGUAGAAAACAGGGAAGUAAAAAAAGGGAUAAGGAAAGAAAGGUAGGAAGGUAGAAAACAGAAAGGAAAGGGAGAGAAGAAGGGAAGGAAGGAAGAAAAGGAGGGAAGUCGGAAAGAGAAGAAAGAAAAAGGGAAGGUGGGAAAUAGAAAGAAAAGGAACGAAAGAAAAGAAGGAGAAAAAAGGGAAUAGCGGAAAGGGAGAAAGAAAAAACAAAAGGGAGGUAGAAAGCAGAGGGAUGGGAAAGAAGAAAGGAAAGCAGGGAAGAAGGCAGAGAGAUAGGAAAGAAAAAGAAGGAAGGGAGAUAGGAAACAGAGAAGAAAGGAAGGGAGAAAGGGAGGUAGGAAACAGGGAAGGAAGGGAGAAAGGGAUAGAGUUAGGAAACAGGGAAGUGAAGAAAGGGAGGGAGGUAGAAAACAGUGGGAAGGAAGAAAAGAAGAAGAAGGAAGGAAGAGAGAUAGGAAACAGAAAGGGAAGGAAGGAAGGUAGGAAAUAGAAAGAAAAGGGAGGGAGGUAGAAAAAAGAGGGAAGAGAAGAAAGGGAGAAAGAAAAAAGAAAGGGGAGGGAGAGGAGAAGGGAAAGCAGGAAGGAAGGAUGGGGUAAAGGAAACAAAGGGAAAGGAGGUAGGAAGGAAGAUAGGAACCAGAAAGAGAAGAAAGGAAGGGAGAAAGGGAGGUAGGAAACAGAGGGAAGGAAAAGAAAGGGAGGGAGAAAACAGCGAAAUAGAGAAAAGGAGGAGGUAGGAAACAGAGGGAAGGGAGAGAAGGAAGUAAGAAAGGGAAGGAAAGGAGAAAGGAAGAUGGGAAACAGUAAGAGAAGAAAGGAUGCCUUUAGGGGAGCUAUAUUCCCUACAGCCUGGGGGACCUUUUGCAUUGUCUCUUUAUUUUGCUGCCUUUGGGGCAGGGAAUCCCUUUCACUCUUCCUUCCUUCCUUUCUCCCCCUCCUCUCCUUUCUUCUUCUCCUUCCUCCCCUCCCAACGGCCUUUUGUCCUCCCAGGCGCGCCCCCGCUUGCUAGCUUGCUUCUGAUGAGAUGAUGGUGCACGGCAGCAGGAGCAGCAGCAGCGCCUGGAAGAGGAAGGAAGGAGGGAAGGAGAAAGAGGAGGAGAAGGAGGAGGAGAAAGAGGAAGAGGGUGGGCCGGGCAUGGGCAUCCGCCCCGCAGUCGCCCGAGGAAGGGAAGGAGGACCAUGGAGGUGGGCAAGACGACAGUCAGCAUCAACAAGGCCAUCAACGCUCAGGAAGUGGCGGUCAAGGAGAAGCAUGCCAGGACCUGCAUCCUGGGCACGCACCAUGAGAAAGGAGCCCACACUUUCUGGUCGGCCGUCAACCGCCUGCCGCUCUCCAGCAACGCCGUCCUCUGCUGGAAGUUCUGCCACGUCUUCCACAAACUCCUACGCGAUGGGCACCCCAAUGUCUUGAAGGACUCGGUGAGGUUCAAGAGUGAGCUGAGCGACAUGAGUCGGAUGUGGGGCCACUUGAGCGAAGGCUACGGCCAGCUGUGCAGCGUCUACCUCAAGCUGCUGAGGACCAAGAUGGAAUUUCACACCAAAAACCCCCGCUUCCCCGGAAACCUCCAGAUGUCAGACAGGCAGCUGGACGAGACGGGCGAGAACGACGUCAACAACUUUUUCCAGCUUACCGUGGAGAUGUUUGACUACCUGGAGUGCGAACUGAGCCUCUUCCAGACAGUCUUCAGCUCGCUGGACAUGUCUCGCUCGGUCUCGGUCACGGCCACCGGUCAGUGCCGCCUGGCUCCGCUCAUCCAGGUCAUCCUGGACUGCAGCCACCUCUACGACUACACGGUCAAGCUCCUCUUCAAGCUCCACUCCUGCCUCCCAGCCGACACACUCCAGGGCCACCGAGACCGCUUCCUGGAGCAGUUCAAGAAGCUGAAGGAUCUCUUCUAUCGCUCCAGCAACCUGCAGUAUUUCAAGCGACUGAUUCAGAUCCCACAACUUCCUGAGAAUCCCCCCAACUUCCUGCGGGCCUCGGCCCUCUCGGAGCACAUCAGCCCGGUGGUGGUCAUCCCGGUGGAGGCCUCAUCCCCGGACAGCGAGCCCAUCAUGGACCUGGCUGAGGGGGACACCACUUCCCAGCAGAGCCUCUUUGACAACAAGUUCGAUGACAUCUUCGGCACUUCCUUUGGCAGCGGGCCCUUCAACUUCAACGCCCAAAAUGGGAUGAGUCGGGAUGAGAAGGACCGUCUGAUUGAGCAGCUGCACCGGGAAAUCAGCUCCCUGAAGGAAGAGCUGAGCAACUUCAAGGCGGAAAGCCAUUGUGCGGCGGUGCAGCUGAGAGGGCGCAUCAGUGAGCUGGAGGCCGAGCUGGCGGAGCAGCGGCACUUGAAGCAGCAGGCGCUGGACGAAAGCGAGUUCCUGCGCGCGGAGGCCGACGACCUCAAGCGGCGCCACCAGGACACCCAGAAGGCCCAGCGCAGCCUCACCGAGAUUGAGCGGAAAGCACAGGCGAUGGAGCAGCGCUACGCGAAGCUGAAGGAGAAGUACAGUGGGCUGGUGCAUAGCCAUGCGGAGCUCCUGCGCAAGAACGCAGAGGUGACCAAGCAGGUGACGGUGGCCAGGCAGGUCCAAGGGGAGGCGGAGCGGGACAAGAGGGAGGCGGAGGACUCCCUCCACCGGCUGAGCGAACAGGUCCAGCGAAAAACCCAGGAGCAGGCGGAAGUCCUGGAGGCCUUGCGGAGGGAGUUGUUGUCCAGCCGGCAGGAGGUGCAGGCCAUGCGGGGCACCCUGGACUCCAGCGCACAGUCGGAAGCGGAGCAGAGCACCCUGAUGGCCGCCUUGCAGGGGGAGCGUUCAGCUUUGGUGGAGACAGUGGCCCAGAGGGAGCAGCAGGCGGCCGACUUGGAAGCCCAGGUCCAGCAGUUGAAGGCCAGCCUGCAGAGCCAGAGCGAGGCCGCCCAGGAGCUGCGGAGCCGCCUCCAGGAGAAGGAAAGCGAUGCGGAGGCCUUCCGUCAGCGGCUCCUGGACCAGCAGUGGGCCCUGCUUUGCUGCGCCGCCAAAGAGGCCCAGCAAGUGGUGCAAGAGGCCCUGAACCGCCUGGAGGACCCCGCACACGCCGGAUGCACCAGUUCCGCAGACUACCUUCUCUCCCGGACCGUGGCGGCUUCCGAAGGCGCUGACCGGCUGGAGGAGGCGUGUGGUCAGUACCUUGCUGACCAAUCAGACGUGAGCCCACUGCUGCCGUGCGUCUCCCGUUUCGCUCACCUUCUGGGCGACACCAUCCUGCAGGCCAGUGCCACUUCGCACAUGACCCCCAUGGAGCCCGCUGACCGGCUGCUGGAGGCCGGCCGGGAGUGCGGGGCCAAGGCGCUGGCCUUCCUGGGGUGUUUGGAGGACCAGAAGGCCAUGGAGGAGAUGGACCUCAACGCCCUCCGGACGUGCCUCCAGCACAUCGCCCACAUCGGAGAGGAGCUUCUCCCCAAAGGCCUCGACGUGGAGCAGGAGCGACUGGGAGACCUGGUGGACCAGGAGAUGGCGGCCACCGCGGCGGCCAUUGAAGCAGCAGCCGCCAGGAUCGAGGAGAUGCUGAGCAAGUCACGGGCUGGGGACACCGGAGUCAAGCUGGAGGUCAAUGAGAGGAUCCUGGGCUCCUGCACGGGCCUCAUGCAGGCCAUCCAGGUUCUAGUCUUGGCCUCCAAGGACCUCCAGCGGGAAAUCGUGGAGAGUGGAAGGGGGGCGGCCUCCCCAAAGGAAUUUUACGCCCGGAACUCGCGCUGGACGGAGGGCCUGAUCUCGGCCGCCAAGGCUGUCGGGUGGGGGGCCACCCUCAUGGUGGAUGCCGCCGACCUGGUUCUGCAGGGCAAAGGGAAGUUUGAGGAGCUGAUGGUCUGUUCCCACGAAAUCGCGGCCAGCACUGCGCAGCUGGUGGCCGCUUCCAAGGUGAAGGCCGACAAGGAGAGUGGCAACCUGCGCCGCCUCCAGGCCGCCUCCCGAGGGGUCAAUCAGGCCACGGCUGGAGUGGUGGCCUCCACCAAGGCCGCCCAGUCCCAGGCCCAGGAGACCGACAGCAUGGACUUCUCCGCCAUGACGCUCACGCAGAUCAAGCGCCAGGAAAUGGACUCACAGGUGCGCGUCCUGGAGCUGGAGAGCCAUCUGCAGAAGGAGCGCCAGCGCCUGGGCGGCCUGCGCAAGAAGCACUACGAACUGGCCGGAGUGGCCGAAGGCUGGGAGCAGAACGGUGCUGAUUUCGCCCCUUAAAGAGGCAGCCAGAGGAGAGCCCCCCUUCCUCGUCCUCUUCCUCGUCCACUUCCUCCUCCUUUGGGGACUCCUUCUGGACCUUCCUCCGCUUGGAAGAACCACCGCCACGGCCUACGUUGACCAAGGAGACAUUCCAGGAACGGGGGAAUCUGCCCGCUUUGGAGCAUUUACUGUAUUCCCAGCCAGCAAUACACAGCUGAGGGUCUUAAAAGGGAGCGGGGUGGGUGGGAGAAGGGAUUACGGGAAAUAGGGACCUUGCCUUUGAGUUUGGGACAUUCUUUGGGGACCGACACUGCCUUUUGCGCUGGGCAAUUGACCCUGGGGGGCUGCCAUUGCAAUGCCCCACACCCCCUCCCCAUCACUGUGAGCCUCAAAGGGAAUAAUAAUGGGGCUGGAUCCCCAAAAGCGGGGGCCAAAGCCUUCAAAGCCAGGUCUAGGACUACGCCUCCUUGCCUUUGCCCCCUUUAAGGCCGGCCUUGUGACCUGGAAUGACCCUAUGACCACAGGAGGGAGAGGGCAAGGAAGUUAGUCUCCCUUUCUCUCUCUUCACUUGGAAUAAUAAUAAUAAUUAUAAUAGUCCUACAUCCAAUGGUGGGCCCCACAAUUUAAAAGGGGCAUUGCCCUCCGUCCAAAGAAUAUUUCUAUUAUUAUUAUUAUUAUUAUUAUUAUUAUUAUUAAUCUGUCAAAGAGUUGGGUCUGAAGAGAACAUUUCCUCUUCAUUUGGAAUAAUAAUAAUAAUAAUAAUAAUAAUAAUAAUAAUAAUAAUAAUCCUGCAUUCAAUGGUGGGCCCCACAAUUUAAAAGGGGCAUUGUCCUCCGUCCAAAGAAUAUUAUUAUUAUUAUUAUUAUUACUCUCUCAAAGAUUUGGGUCCGAAGAGAACAUUUCCUCUUCAUUUGGAAUAAUAAUAAUAAUAAUAAUAAUAAUAGUCCUGCAUUCAAUGGUAGGCUCCACUAUUUAAAAGGGGCAUUGACCUGCGUCCAAUGAACAUUUCUAUUACUAUUCUAUUAAUAAUUAUUCAUUAUUACUAAUCCCUCAAAGAGGUGGGUCCGAAAAGAACAUUUCUUCUGCACUUGGGAUAAUAAUAAUAAUAAUAAUAAUAAUAAUAAUAAUAAUAAUAGCACAGUCCUAGAUGCUUGGGAAGUGUUCGACUUGUGAUUUUGUGAUACGAAAUCCAGCAUAUAGAUCUCGUUUGCUGUGACAUACUGUGCUUUUGUGUCAAUAAUAAUAGCCAUGCAUCCAAUGGUGGACCCCACCAUUUAAAAGGGGCAUUGACCUGCGACCAAUUAAUGUUAUUAAUAUUAUUAUUAUCAAUCAGUCUUAAAGAAUUGGGUUUGUUUAGCCUCCGAAGAGAACAUGUUUCCUCUUCACUUGCAAUAAUAGUAGUAGUAGUAAUAAUAAUAAUAAUAAUAAUAAUAAGCCCUAUGUUUAAAAGGACAUUAUCCUGCAUCCAAUGAAUAUUUCUAUUAUUAUUAUUAUUAUUCUCCUUCUCCUUCUUCCCUUAAAGAACUGGGUCUGUUUAGUCUCCAAAGAGAACAUUUUUCUUUACUUGGAAUAAUAAUUGCUUUGCAUCCAAUGGUGGACCCCACCAUUUAAAAGGGGCAUUGCCCUGUGACCAAUGAAUAUAUCUAUUAUUAUUAUUAUUAUUAUUAUUAUUAUUAUUACUAUUACUAUUAAUCUCUCAAAGAACUGGGUCCAAAAAGAACAUUUCCUCUUCACUUGGAAUAAUAAUAAUAAUAAUAAUAAUAGCCCUAUAUCCAAUAGUGGGCCCCACCAUUUAAAAGGGGUGUUGCCCUGUGUCCAAAUGAUAUUUCUAUUAUUAUUAUUAUUAUUAUUAUUAUUAUUAUUAAUCCUUCUUAAAGAGCUGGCUCUGUUUAACCUCCGAAGAGAUCACGUUUCCCCUUCACUUGAAAUAAUAAUAAUAAUAUCCCUAUGUCCAAUGGUGGGCCCCACCAUUUAAAAGGGACAUUGCCCUGCAUCCAAUGAAUGUUUCUAUUAUUAUUAUUAUUAUUAUUAUUAUUAUUAAUCCCUCUUCAAAAGCUGGGUCUGUUUAGCCUCCGAAGAGAACAUGUUUCCUUUUCACUUGGAAUAAUAAUAAUAAUAAUAAUAAUAAUAAUAAUAAUGGUGGCCCCCACCAUUUAAAAAGGAAAUUGACUCUUAAACUGGGAAGUGUCCAGAGGGAAAGGGUCAAAGGUCUGGAAACAAUGGGUAUUAUUAUUAUUAUUAUUAUUAUUAUUAUUAUUAUUAUUCCUUCUUAAAGAGCUGCGUCUGUUCAGCCUCCAAAGAGAACAUGUUUCCUCUUCACUUGGAGUAAUAAUAAUAAUAAUAAUAAUAAUAAUGGUGGGCCCCACCAUUUAAAAAGGAAAUUGACUCUUAAACUGGGAAGUGUCCAGACGGAAAGGGUCAAAAGUCUGGAGACAAUGAGUAUUAUUAUUAUUAUUAUUAUUAUUAUUCCUUCUUAAAGAGCUGGGUCUGUUCAGCCUCCAAAGACAAGGCCAAGAGGAGCCCUGUUUAAAUAUCCGAAAGGAUGUCCUAAGAGAGAGAUUAUUAUCUGCUCUGAACUGGAUUAAAUGGCAGUGUAGACUUGGAUAAUAAUCCAGUUCGAAUGUUUGAUGGCACUGUCUGCCGUGGAGUUCCUUCUUUGGGGGAUUGGGAACAGAGGCUGGGUGGCCAUCUGUCGGGAGGGAUCAGGUGGUGCUGUUCCUGCGUCACGGCAGACAGAAAGGGGUUGGACUAGAUGGCCUUUGGGGGGCCCUUUCACAUGCGCACACUGCCAAAGGGGCGCCAGAACCCAAUGGGGAAUGAAUGGGGGGCCCCCAAGAGAGAGGUGCGCAGAAGCUCCGCCCCUUCUCUCUUGGCUCCGCCCCUUCUCUCAUGGCUCCGCCCCCUGGGGCCCCAAACUACCUCAAGUUCCAUCAUAAAAACAUGGGAGUGCAUUGGGGCCCCAAAGUGACCCAAGGAAGGGCCCAAAGGGGGCGGGGCUUUCUCCUGGGAGCCCCUCCCACUCCAUUCACACAAGGCUUUUCAUGAAGGUAUUCAACGCAGGGGUCUUCUUUUUUUUUUUUCUCCCCCGAGGGAUUAUUUUUUACGUGUCAAAUGUGUUUUGUUUUUUCCCCCCACCCUCAAUUUUUAAAUAAAUACAUCGUCCCAGGC